UGAUAUCAGAUCGGUGGUGGCGCUUCUGCUUCGGGUAGUGGUUCUAUAAAAACAAUUUGCUCUCUGGCUGCUUUCAGAGGUCAGAGAAAGUGAAAGGUGUAUUUAUUGAAAUUCUCUCUUGGAGGGGAAGGAGGAAAAUCACGUAAUUUUAUUUCCAGCGUGCAUGUGUCUGUGUGAAUGAGACUGGCUGUAGUCUACGCGUCGUCUCCCCUUUUCUCUUUGUCCCUCCUCGAUACUUAAGAAUCAACUGAGCGCUAUCCAUCUGCUCGCAUUCUGCUGCAAACCAGGAUGAGCCACCAGCACAACAACCAUCACUUCACGUUAAUUUAACCUCUGUCUCUCUGACCCACCGGUCGGUCGCGGUCGAUGCUUUGCCUGCCUGAGAUGCGAUUUCGUUCUCCCUUUUCCCGGAGAGUAUCGUCCGUUACGCCCCACUGAAAGAGCAUGCCUGAGACCGGGGCGACAGGAGCAGCAGCUGCAGCUGCCAGUAUCAGCUCCUCCGACGGCACCGAGGGCUUUUGGCACAGACACCGAUCGCAACGCGAGGGAGAAAAGACAGAUCCAAGUGCUGCCUCCUCGCAGCAAACGUCCUCCGGUGUACUGGAUAAGUUAUUUGGGAAGCGGCUGCUGCAGGCUGGGAGGUACAUCAUGUCUCAUAAGUCCUGGAUGAAGACCGUGCCCACUGAGAACUGUGACAUCCUCAUGACUUUCUCAGACCAGACAGAUGACCACACGUUGCUAUGGCUACUGAACCACCUGCGUCUGGGCAUUCCAGAACUCAACAUCCAGAUCCGACAUCACAAACGCACGCGCGUCCAUGCCUUCUUCGUCACGGCAACCUAUGAGAAUCUGUUGCGUGGGGCAGAGGUGAUGGGUCUGAGGAAAUCAGUGAAGCCAGAGUUUGGGGGAGGAACACGCAGCUUCUCCUGUGAAGAAGACUACAUCUAUGAGAACAUUGAGAGUGAACUAUGCUUCUUCACAUCACAGGAGAGGCAAAGCAUCAUCAAGUACUGGCUCGACAAUCUACGUGCCAAGAAUGGAGAGGUGCUUCACAACAUACAGUUCCUGGAGGGACAGCCAAUCAUCCCAGAGCUAAGUGUGCGGGGCGUGAUCCAGAAGGUGUUUCCUCUCCACGAGCAGAGGAUCCUCAGUCAGCUGAUGAAGUCCUGGGUGCAGGCCGUGUGUGAGAAACAGCCACUAGAUGAUAUUCAUGAUUACUUUGGGGUGAAGAUAGCCAUGUACUUUGCCUGGCUGGGGUUCUACACCACAUCUAUGCUGUAUCCUGCUGUCAUAGGCUUUGUGCUCUGGAUUCUGACGGAGUCUGAUCAGACAAGUCGUGAUAUCUGCUGUGUAGUGUUUGCUCUGUUCAACGUGGUGUGGGCCACGCUGUUCCUGGAGAGGUGGAAGAGGAGGGGGGCGGAGCUAGCCUAUAAGUGGGGUACGCUGGAUACCCCUAACGAGUCCCUAGAGGAACCACGGACACAGUUUAUGGGCGUGAAGCGGUGCAGUCCCAUAACAGGCUGUGAGGAGUUAUACUACCCUCCGUGGAGGAGGAGGAUGUUCAGGUGGCUGGUCAGCCUGCCCAUCUGUCUCCUUUGUCUCUGCUUUGUCUUCCUGGCCAUGCUCAUCUGCUUCGAGCUGCAGGAGUUUGUGAUGGGGAUCAAGGAGGUACCUCGCUUGGCCAGGUUCAUCCCUAAGAUCAUACUGGCCAUCACUGUGACCGCCUGUGACGAGGUGUACCGGAAGAUAGCCUGCUGGCUCAACAACAUGGAAAACUACAGACUCCAGAGUGCCUAUGAGAAAAAUCUCAUCAUCAAAAUGGUUCUUUUUCAGUUUGUAAAUUCUUACCUCAGUCUUUUCUACAUUGGAUUCUACCUCAGAGACAUGGAGCGUCUGAAAGAGAUGCUGGCCACCCUUCUGAUCACCCGGCAGUUUGUCCAGAACGUGAAAGAGGUGCUGCAGCCUUACCUGUACGAGCGCCACAAGCUGGGCGAGCUCACCCUGCGCGGCGUCUGGGACCUGCUCCUCUCAACCCUGCUCAAGUACUGCCGGCUGGCCGCAGGAAAGGCCCAUGCUUCACCCACUGACCAGGCCGUCCCGGGCCACGGCCUGAGGGGAACCAGAUCCGGGGUGGGACAGCCUGACCCCAGGGAGAAGAAGUGUCUGAACGGUGGAUGUGGGGUGCCUGACGUGGAGGAAAGGGAGAGGGAGGAGGGAGACAGCGGGAGGUUCAGUGAGGGAGAGAACGAGGAGUUAAUAGACUGUGGCCUGAAGCUGAGGAAGGUUAGCUUCAUAGAGAAGGUGGACAGGAAGUCGUCUGGAGGGGGCUGCGUCCCCACAAUAGAGGAUAGUUUCCUGGAGGAUGGCAGCCCCACCAUGGUGGAGAAGGGGAUGGACCCGGCCUCGGUGUUCGAGACGUAUGAUGAUGCCGAUGACAAUGAGAUGAAGGACACGGGUGGUUCGGCCAAUGAAAGUGUGGCGGCUGCCCCACUGCCUUCUGGGCAGGAGAGCACGGUGAGGGUGCGUCAUCACAGACGGCAGAGGAGUUUGGAGAGACUAGACUCUGAGACCAAGAGGGAGUCGUGGAUCGACCCGCCAGAGGAGCAGGAGAGUACGAUUCUGGCACAGGCUGAGAUUGAGAGCUGCAUGCAGACCUAUGAGGACACCUUCCAGGACUACCAGGAGAUGUUUGUCCAGUUUGGCUAUGUGGUUCUCUUCUCCUCAGCCUUCCCCUUGGCGGCCAUGUGUGCUCUCAUUAACAACAUCAUAGAGAUCCGCAGCGACGCCUUAAAGCUCUGUACCGGCCUGCAGAGGCCCUUUGGUCAGAGGGUGGAGAGCAUCGGACAGUGGCAGACAGCAAUGGAAGCCAUGGGUCUAAUCGCCAUCAUAGUCAACUGUUACCUGAUUGGUCAGUGUGGUCAGCUGCAGCGACUCUUCCCCUGGCUCAGCCCUGAGAUGGCCAUCAUCUCCAUUGUCAUCCUCGAACACUUUGCCAUCCUGCUGAAGUACAUCAUUCACGUAGCGAUCCCAGAUGUCCCCAGCUGGGUAGGAGAGAAGAUAGCAAAACUGGAGUACCAACGCAGGGAGGCUUUUAAGAAACACGAGCGGCAGGCGCAGCAGCACUAUCAACAGCUACAGAGGAGGAAGAGAGAGGAGGAGGAGAGGCAGAGGCAGACGGAGCACCAGGCUCGCAGGGAGAGGGAGAGAGAUGAGGGGAAGGACUCCUCCGGGGGAGACCACCACCACGACAAGAGCCACGGGGGGAAGUCCCGCUCUGGAGGGGGUGGAGGUGGGGACAAGCCCAAGAGGCCCAGCUCCCUCCUGGCCAACAACAACGUGAUGAAGCUCAAACAGAUCAUCCCUUUACAGAACAAGUUCUCCUCAAGCAGCGCGCGCUCCCCUCAGUCUCCCACCGGAAACGAACCCAAGCUCCCCGGGUUCCUUAGCUUCAAGUUCCUCAAGUCGCCCGAGAAUAAGAAGGAAGCGGCUGCUGCCGCUGCAGCUGCAGCCGUGGCAACGAGUACCACGACGACCGCGACCGCCCCCGGCGGUAACCAGGAGCGGUCUCAGUCGCCGAGCAAGUCGUUCAACCCUGGGAAACUGUUUAACUUUGGGAAGUCGGAGGGGGGCUCCUGUGUGAAUGGGACCCAGUUACCUCGACCAGGAGAGGGGUACCAGGCGUCUGACAAACAGCCCACCAAGUCUGACCUGAAUGGGGUGACGGACGAGCGCCGUUCACCUGGAGGGGACGCAGGGGAGAUCAAACACCACACGGACUCCCCGGACCGUAAAGUCUAGUCUCUCUUUGGAAAGAGAUGACAAACUGCUGUGAGAACUUAACUUGAUAUAUCUACUACAAGGAAAAAUAAGUGGGGUGAAAAGGCCAAGCCUCUCUCCAUGCUUUCUGGGUCUGAGGUUGUGUAUGUAGACAUUGCCUAGAGGCUGUGAGGGGAAUUGGCUGAUGGUAAUGAUGAUGAAAUCAUAACCGUGUGCGUAUAGAGACACACAUACCUCACUUUUGUCUGCAAUACAUAUAGACAUGCAUGAGCUGUGUUUCUAAAACUUUUCGGGGAAAAAGGGAGAGCAGUUUAUCUUGAUUUAUUCUCAUCUGAAAAUUGAAAUCAUCUUGGUGGCCAUCUUGCCACUGAAACAUAAUAGCCUGGUUUUGGGGGAGAGAAGGAAAAACAUUUAUUGGUGUGUGUGUGAAUCAAAUGCAUAACGAGACCUUUCGUAGCAUCCACAAAAUGGUCGCCUGAUCUCAUACACAUUUGUAACUAUGAAGGCCUAUCAGCUUUUCUACUUAAACGAAGCAGCUUUGCUAGCCGUGCAAUAUCAAUCGGUGUUUAAAAUUUGAGCAGUACUGCAAAACACGAAGUUCAUUCUCAUCAGCCUAAUCUCCCAUUUUAAAGACAUACAUGAAGUGCCAUGAGCUUUAUUUACAAAGCAAAAAGAACCACCCGAGCUUAYUAUAUACCUCCCAAGAAAACAACAGGAAUAUCUGAAGUGUAUGUCUGACAGUGAGAGUGGAUGUUGUGUAAGGCAGAGAUGAAAGUCGUUUGAUAAAAGACAACACAUACUGUCUCCUAUCAGUAUGUGUUCUAGAGAGAGGAAAAGAAAGAGAGGGAGAGAGAAUGACAGUUGUUUUGACUGAUGCCUGCCCAGGAAACUGAGAGUCCGAUGAAGGAAGAUGCCACAGGAUGUUGACAUGGAUGUGUGUGUAGACUAGACAGUAUACGGUAUGUGCUAUGGAGAGUUUGGGUUACUGUGUGCCAUUCUAAUCUCUCCCCAUUCAAGCCUGCAGAGAGACACAUUAUAGACAGUAUACUAAUCAUGGCACUCCAUUUCAACACAAAGAUCUGACUAGAUUAGUGAGAAAGAGAGAGCAUUUGCACUAAACCCCGAAGUCCUGCACUGAGACAAGCAGAGCUUGUUCUGCAGGUGUAAGGAAGGACCAUACCAGCCUGCCUCAUAACACAACCUAACAUAUGCAAACACUUGCUUUUCUUAUCGCUAGUAUCUUAUGCUGAUGCUGUUGUUAUUUCAUCUGGAUGGCUGCUGUUCCCAAUCAUUCGAGAGCUGGCAUAUAUUUUAUUUCCCCUUGUGUCUUUUGGGAUACAUGUCAUUUGGGAUGUUGCCAAACCAGUACCUUUCUGAGUACACUGGCAUGUGAGAACAUAGUUACAUUUCUCGAGAUCCCAGAUUUCUAAAUUCCUUUUAUAAGCAAAUCCAAAGGGAUUAAUCAACCAUCUUUAUUUUCUAUAAUGUGGCCAGAUGAUGGUGCCAGAGAACAAGAAAGUGGUUUAUACGUCUCUAAUUUAGAGUAUGAUGGCAUUGUCCUUGGAUACUGAUCAGCAGUCAGUUGUGUGUCCCCCACCCCUACUGUUAAGUUUUGGAUUUGGGGAAGGUAAUCUGAUAUUAGAUCUGUGCCUAUAAACUCAUAGUACAUCCAGUCUUCCUCAUUGAAAAGAAGAACGAACCACUGCACUUCACAGCAGAGAUUCAGCACAGAGACAUGCAGUAAACAUUAACUUUGCACCUCCGCGUCAUCCUCUUUGGCUAGGAUCUUUGCAAUAAUAUAGUAUUGGAGGGACAUAGUGGCACAGCCAUAUAGACUAGUCUUCUACUGGUCCGUGCCUUAGCCAACUGCAUUUCUAGUUCCACUACCCAAAUAUUUCGAUCUCCACCUUACCUGGCUUCUCAGUGUGGGUAUUAACAUCCCAUCUCUCCUCUCUCCAUCUGGGCUGAACCAGACGCACACCGGUCUCCCUUCUGAAAUAGGAAACCUAAUCUAAGGAAGCUUCCCUAGUACACUGUUCUUUUCAUCUCUCCCUGUGCUUUAAAUAUGAGACGAGGUUACCUAAAAUGCCUAUCAAAUAUGAAUUUUGGCAAAAAAAAACAUGCAUAAACUUUCAUUUUGCAUGGAUUGCCUAGCUGUAACUAUACAAACUACAGAAUAAUGUCAUGCUUCUGCAAUGAGACUCAAUAUGGUAUUUCAGCCUGGUCUCAUAGACUAAACAUAACAUAGUACAUGUACAUGUGGUGGUCCCGUGUGGCUCAGUUGGUUGAG